AGGGCGCUAUGGAUUCGGAGAGCUCUGAUUGGCUGGUGCGCUGUUUAAAGGCUCAUGUGGCAUCUCGCGAGUUGAGCUCGGGCGCUUGGCGGGAAUGGGUUAUGCGAGGUGUGCUCCGUUAGCUCCUCAUCCUCCGUGGGAAAAGGACAGUAUUCCCGCUGGGCACUUAGGAAUUAUGCCUGUGGACGCUGCCAGCUUUUUAAACCUUUCCGUACCGAGUCGUGACACUGCUGUGAGUAGCCGUUAAACACCAGCGCUCAGUCGGAGGAGCAGCGGAGAGGCGCCGACAUUAACAGAGACCAGAGACGUAGCUGAUCGACUGUGAGGAUUUGAGUGAUGGGGCGCAAGUUGGACCUGUCUAGUCUUACGGAGGAGGAGGCAGAGCACGUGCUACAGGUGGUGCAAAGAGACAUGCAGCUGCGCAAGACAGAAGAGGAGCGACUGAGUGAUUUGAAGCAGGAGCUGGAUGAGGAGGAUAGCCGGUGUGUUUUGCUCUCGCGUCAGCGCAGCUUUAACCAGCGCUGCUGCAUUCGCUGCUGCUCGCCUUUCACCUUCUUGCUCAAGCCACGCCGUCGCUGCCUGGACUGUCAUUUCAACGUCUGCAAACGCUGCUGCUCUUACUCCACUACCGACAAAGGCUGGCUCUGCUCCGCCUGCAAGAAGAGCAGACUGCUGAAGACCCAGUCUCUGGAGUGGUUCUACAGUAAUGUGAGGAGACGCUUUAAGAGGUUUGGCAGCGCCAAAGUGCUGAAGACGCUCUACAGGAGGCACAUUGCAGAACAGGGCAGCCUGGCUGAACUCACAGAAGGAAGUACGUAUGAUGAAAGUGUGGGCAAUGGAGACAGUGUGUAUGAGAGCGACUCCACAUUCUAUAAGCAUAGUGAAGAGCAUAGCAUGGCAGAGACCAUCGGUGUGGCACUGCGUGUGGCAGAAGAAGCCAUAGAUGAAGCCAUCGCCAAGGCUGAGAGUCAAAGAGACAACCAAGAGAAGCUGAAAGAAGCUUGUUACCUACGGGACAACAGAGGAGAACUGAUAGAGGAGCUAACCACCACAAUUGUACAGAAAAUUAUCCGCAGGAAGACAGAUCAGUCUGAGAUGCAGCCAGAGCAUAAUCCGAACUGUUGUCCUGAUCAGAAGAGUGAUGUGAGCUCUACUGCUUCUCCUACCAAUCGACCCCGGAGUGCCCUGGCCUCCCAGCCCAGCCCCAAGACCUCCCUAUGGAGGUCCCGAUCAGCCUUGUCUCUUUUCACUGACGAAAUGCAGCAUCAGCAUGGCAAACCCCAGCAGAGACCCAUGCACUGUAAAGACUGUACACAGGGACUGACGAAGGAUGGAAUCUCUAUCCCAACUCUUCCUAGCUGGAAGAGUGUGGACCGUCUGGACAACUCCAUGUUGCAGAGUUCAGACGGUAAUUGGAUUGCGCUGCAGAGCACCCAACUCUCUCGACCCAGCCUGCUGACAAAACGCAAGAGCCUGGUGUUCAGUGCUUUGGAGAAGGAAUCUGGUGUGGUCUCUGCAUAUGAUGGGAUGGGCUCUGACACUGAACCAGACGGUGAUGGAACCUGGUGCGCAGCCCUGCUGGAGAUUCGCAACAAAAUGUCCUCAAACAACGUGCCAAAUAACCUUCAGUCCACCAGCCCACAGCCAACACUGAAAUCUCCCACACAACCUGCUGCUGACCAGGCCCAGACUGACUCUGGCCGGGACACCCGAGUGCCAAAAUUCCACAAAUCUCCAUUUCCUUUCUUGAAGAGGAAGGUGCCUCUGGAAUGCAAGCGCUCAUCUUCUCAGCGCCUCAGCGUCAUGGAUAUUAACUUUAACCCAGAGAGCACAGAAAGCAGUGAAGAUGGCCUAGAAGACAGCAGAGUCAAAAGGACACGACGGAGAAGAAGAAGCAAACGAGAGUAUGCAGAGGAGAAAGAAUUCACAGCCCUGUCUUCAGCUGAACCUGACUAUAGUAGGGUUCUGCUGGAUGUUCUGGUAAAACACCGGAACAAGAAACAGGGUGCCUCAGAGUUCCUGAGUGACCAGACUAUGGACACUACAACCUCUGAUGUUCAGAGCUCUGAGGCAGGGACUCCUGAUGCUUUUGUGCCAGAGCUGGAAAAGAAUCAUGUUCUAAGUGGCUCCCUAGAAAACAAACUGACAUCCACACUUAGAGAACUGGCCAAUCAAGUCAGCGAAACACAUUUCUCCUCCACUGAAGAUGAGCUUGACAGAGUGGAAGAAAUUGGUAGAGAGGGAAAUGACAGUGCAGAGGAUGCAAGAGGGGAAGGCUUAUGGGAUAUGGAGGUGUAUGCAGAAAAGGAAGAGCCAAGAGAAAUAGAAGAGGGUGAAGAGCAAACAGAAUGCAAGAAAUUUCUAAAGGUUGAGAUAAGUGAAGCAGAGAUGGCAAAGGAGGUAGAAGAAAGUCAAAAGCGCCAGCAAACAUUGGAAGAAGAUGUAGUUGGGCCAGCUGUAGAAGAUAUUAGGAAGGAAGACCAGGUAGAUAGAGAGUUUGAGAAUUCAGGAACCUUGACUACAGAUAUAAUUGGUCAUCUACAUAAUGAGAUACAGGAGCCAGUAAAUAAACAAAGUGAAAGUGAGAUGAAGAAAUCAGGAGAAAUUCCACAGGGUGUGUGCUUAGAUUAUAACAGCAUGAGAACAGGACAGCUUACUGAGCUUGGGAAGAGUGAAAUUGAUAACCUUGAUAACGCUAAUGCCGAGGGACAGAUUAAAACUACUGAAGACAUAGCAGGUUGUACAACUGAGAUAAUCAACGAGGAAAAGAUUGAGGAAGACAGAUCAGAAGGAAAAAACAGAGAUGUUGCUGAGCCAGAGCAAGAAAAAAACAGUGUUGAGGAAAGUACACCCCAGGAGCCAGAGAGCCUUUCAGAAACAGAGCAACAAAGACAGACGGUUGGAGAGAGACCCGAGAGUGGCCAACAGGUCAAGAGUCAGGAGAUUGAAAAGCAAAUGAAAGAGACUGAAAGCACGGCUGACAAUAGAGAAGACAGCUUAGAGGAUACAGCAAGUGAAAGAAAAGAAACAGAGCAAGACAGUGAUAAUCAUGAUUUAUCUACAUUCAUGAAAAAGGAGGAGGAGGUAGAAUAUGAAAUAAUGCUUCACAGUGCAGUCAGGACUGUGAAUAACAUGGAGGAGGAGAUUGACACACAUAACAGCAAGAUGAGAUUUAGCACAUUAGAAGAUACUGAAAGGAGUGAGGAGGAAGAGGAAAUUGUGGCAGAAGAAAGAGGAGUAGAAGAGAUGACACACGAUGAAGAGAUAGAGGAUGAUAGUGAGGUGGAACAAAACAAAGAGAGAACGAGUAGAAAUGAACAAGCACUGGAGAGGUUUAUGGAAAAAGACAGUCAACAUGACUUGGUUGAGAAAACAGAAGAACAUACUUGUGUGGUAAAAGCAGAAGAGUGUGAUUGUAAAGACCACAUACUCAAAGAAGAUCUGGACUGUGCCAGCUAUGGUCAAGAAGUGUUUCUGACACCAGAGGAAAUCUACAAAAAGUAUACUGCUGCAUCACUUCGCAGUAUCACAACUGAGGUGCUGAAGGUUCUGAAUGCCACUGAAGAUCUAAUUCAAGGCACAGCAGGUGACGGAAUCGGACAGUCAGAAUCACGAGACCUGCCUUCACUCCCUCCAGCCCAGAGCAAGAGACUGGAUGAGCAACUCUGCAGACUAGAGGAGAAUGUUUAUGUGGCCGCGAGUGCUGUGUUUGGUCUAGAAGCUGAGCUGGGUGAUCUGGAGGAGUGUGCACGCAGCAUCAGUGGAGCCACCUCAGAGGGAGAACUGGCUCACCUGGAGGAGCAAGUGGCCUCAGUCGCAGCCCAAGUGCAGCAGUCUGAACUCCAGGUAUCAGACAUUGCAGCGAGAAUCGCAGCUCUAAAAAACGCAGGCCUUAAUGUAGCCCCGCAGACACGCUUUGCCAAGCCACAAACCAUAGACUCAUCUAGGCAGCAUCGGCGCCGACUACCAGCACCUCCAAUGCAAGAUAAAAAGGCCUAGUGCAGGUCAGAGCUCAGGAAACAACUUGCGCAGCCAAAUAACAUCCCUGCCAAAACAGCAGAGCCUCUGUUCACUUGUGCCUUCAAGCAGUGAACUGCUGCACAGAACAGCAUUUUACUUCUAGCCUUGACCAAAACCCCUGCACUCCAUGCUGACCGAUGCUGUUUGCCUUAAACCAACAACCAGGGCUGGGAGGACAUAGGGAGACACUCUGACAAUAUUUGAGGUAUUUUUCCACAACACUGCUGUGGGUCAGUCCAUGACUGGUGAUUGGUGAGAACAAAAAAACACCAACAGUAUUGUGCAAAAUGGCAAGUAUGACAUCUUUUCAUAAUCUUGCCGUUGUUUGUGUGUCUAAAUAAGAACAUUUAUUUUGCUGGUGAUCCUGAUGCGUAUAAUUAAAUUUAUUGAAAAGAUUAUGAAGAAUUUUUGGAUCAGUCUCUGCAAACAACUGUCAGCUUGUUUCUUUUGUUGUGAAUAAGGUAAUUCAACAAGUCAUUCAACAGAAAGAACAUGUCUAAAAAUCAAAUCCUUAUAUUUAAAAUUAUUUUACAAUAAACAGCCUGUUAUUUUUUCAUUAAACAGUUGGUCAAAUCAUUGUUACAAACAAUUGAGCCAUUUCUGCCCACUUUGUCUGUUAUUGUUUUGUCUGUCAACUAAAUAAUGAUAAAGAUGUUCAGAACUGUCAGCAUCUGAACACUUACAGAGAGAGCACAUGAAUCACACAUCCCUACUAUAGUGUUAAUUUGCUGAAGUUUGACAACUCUGUAAAGAUGCUAAUUUAUUGUGAAGAUGUAAAUUACUGUAAUGAAUAAAAAAAUAAUGCAAUCA